AUGUUAGUUUUGUAUGUAUCUAAUCAAACAUUUGUAAUCGCAGAGGGGUCUCUGCCUCUCACUGAUGAAAAGAGAUUGGGCUUAAUCCCAUCAGAUCAACGAAUGCAGCAGCUUGGACUUCAGGUAUCUGUGAACCCUUCUGAAGAGGAAUCGUUCGAUUGGUAUAAAGUCAGUUUCGCUUGGGCUGUUACGUAUAAGGACAAGGCAUAUGUUGCAAAGGUUAUAUCCAAAUCAUCAGGCGGCAUUGGACCCAGCUGUGGAGGAGCAGGCAUCGGCAAUUGUGCGUCAGGUGGAAUUCAGGGUGCUGAUAGUGGCCUUGCCAUUGCUAGUAUGAUUAUAUAG